AUUUUGGCCCCGCCGCCAACAGGACACUCGGACCUCACCGACGCCAAGCACCAUGGGAGAUGUAGCGGAGCUCAAGAAGAAGUGUGACGGCCUAAAGGACAAGAUUCAGUCGGUGCGCACUGCCAAGAGCAACGGUGGGUUUGAAAACGACGGGACGAAAGCGAUUCCACCAGCGCCCAAGUGCCGCCGCGUGUUGAAAGGACACUUUGGCAAGAUCUACGCGAUGCAGUGGGGCGGCGACUCGACGUCGCUCGUGAGCGCGUCGCAAGAUGGCAAGCUCAUUGUGUGGAACGCGCAGACGACCAACAAAGUCCAAGCGAUUCCACUUCGCAGCUCGUGGGUCAUGACGUGUGCGUAUGAGCAAAAGCAGCGCAACAUGGUCGCGUGUGGCGGGCUCGACAACUUGUGCUCCAUCUACCAGCUGGGUCAAGCACAAGUCAUGCGCGCAACAAAGGAGUUGGCCGCCCACGACGGAUACUUGAGUUGCUGCCGCUUCUUGGACGAAGCCAACAUCAUUACGAGCUCUGGUGAUUCAACAUGUAUCCUCUGGGAUGUCGAGUCUGGCGAGGUCAAGACUACGUUCAAGGACCACACGGGCGACGUCAUGUCGGUCUCGAUCAAUCCCCAUCACCAAAACAUGUUCAUUUCGGGAUCCUGCGAUUCGACUGCCAAGGUUUGGGACGUUCGGUCCGGCAAGUCGACGCAUUCGUUCCACGGCCACGAAUCCGAUAUCAACUCGGUCGAUUUUUUCCCGGAUGGAAAUGCCCUCGGAACCGGGUCGGACGACUCGAGCUGCCGCCUCUUUGAUCUGCGCGCGUACGGCGAACUCAACAACUUCUCGAACGACAAGAUUCUGUGCGGUAUCACGAGUGUGUCGUACUCCAAGUCGGGCCGGUUCAUGUUUGCCGGGUACGAUGACUACAACUGCUACUGCUGGGACGUGCUGUCCAAUACGGGCGCCCACGUGUACCAACUAACGGGCCACGAGAACCGCGUGUCGUGCUUGGGUGUGAGUCCGUCGGGCCAAGCGUUGUGCACAGGCAGCUGGGACACGCUGCUCAAAGUGUGGGCGUAACUAGGCCAGAGCGGUGAAUGGCGGCAAGACUCCACUGUGUCUGCGCUUGAUAGCGGUGUCGUUCUUCGUCGCUCUCGCUCGUGGCACGUCUCCAUUUCCACCACCACUGCUGUGAACCGUUGCAUAAGUAAUAUACAUCGUGUUUUUUUACAAGCAA